UCGAAUUCAACUCUAAUUAUUAUUGGAUAUUUGCAAAAGUUCCAAUUUUUUUACUUGAAAUAUAUCGAUUUGACAUAUUCUCCAUGUGUAUCGGUUUUUUGGUAAUAGUUAAUGGUCAAGAUCAAUACAAAGUAGUAACAACCAAAAGUGGCCCGGUAAAAGGUCAGCUUGAAAAAACAGUUUGGCUCGAGAAACCAUUUUAUUCUUUUAAGGGAAUUCCAUAUGCAAAGCCCCCGGUCGGUGAGCUUAGGUUCAAGCCACCCGAACCAGUAGAAGCGUGGAGUAGUCCGCUUGAUGCAUUUGAAUAUGGAAAUCGGUGUGCUCAAAAAUUCUUAAUAUUUUCUGCAACAUCAGAAAAUUGUCUGUUUCUUAACAUUUUUGUCCCAGCGCUGAUUAAUGAGAAAGAAAAUUUACCGGUAAUAUUUAUAAUACAUGGAGGAUUAUUUGCUGUAGGAUCUGGGGAAGAUCGGUUUUAUGGUCCGGAUUUUGCAAACGAACAUGAUAUAAUCCUUGUAACUGUAAACUAUCGUCUUGGAAUAUUUGGAUUUUUGUCAUUGGGAACUCCCGAAUACUCCGGUAAUAUGGCAUUGAAAGAUCAGCAAAUGGCUAUGAAAUGGAUUCACGAAAAUAUCGAAGCUUUUGGAGGUGACAAAAAACGCAUUACCAUGUUUGGUGUGUCGUCAGGUGCACAAAGUCAUGGUUUUCACUUACUUAAUGCCGAGUCGUCAAAAUAUUUCAAUCAACAAAUUACCAUAAGUGGAACAUCAAAUAAUAUAAAGAGUUUUAAAACUGGCGACCAUCGAUGUUUGAUGGAGAUCUUUUAUGCAAAACACAAUUCAGGCAAACCAAACACUAAGAACUUGAUUGAUUUUCUACAAAAGGCGGAAGUCGAAGAUAUCCUGAAUUUUAAUAAACAAGCUAUCAAUGGGUUUAUUUCACCUUGGACUCCGAUUGUUGAAAAAAAAAAUGCGAAAAAACCAUUUUUUACUGAAGACCCAAUGAAAACAUUUCAAAAAACAAAGAGUAUAAGCAAAGCCACACUCUUUGGCUCUGCUCAAUAUGAGCAUCUAUAUUUCAUCCGAGGAUCAAAUUAUUCCAAACCUCAAGUAAUUGAUGCUUUUUUGAAAGAUUUCCACAUUGGCUUGCCAAUUUUCGGAUAUUAUACAACAAUUUGGAAAAAACCUAAUUACCUUGAAGGUGUUUUGCAUGAAAUUAAAGAAUAUUAUUUUGGAAAAGCAACAAAUGAUCAUGAACGUGUUAUCCAACGACUGAUUCUGGAUUCGGAUAUAACCUAUUCAUAUUUCCAGGAAAAAUGGAUGGAACAGCAUGUUGCCAUUUCCAAAAAAGAUACAUUCUACACUCGAUUUUCCGUUUCAACGAAAAUAAAUCCACAUGAGAUAAAGGCAGCCGCUCACGCCGACGAAUUAUGCUAUUUAUUCAGAUGCAAUAAAUUAAUCGAUUACUAUAAACAGAUUAAAGCGAAUAACAAACAUGACCCAGAUUCUUCAGAAAUUCUUCAAGUGAUGAACAACAUGCAAUCGUUAUAUUAUAAUUUUGUAAAAUACGGAACUCCCAUACAUGAUGGAAAACCGAUUCGAGAAUUUAAACCUGUUCAACAAUCAAGUUAAGCGAAUCAAUUUAAUUUUAUUGAUGUGACAAAUGCGGGCUUGAUCGCAAGAAAAGCGCCAAAUGCAGACAGAAUCCAGUUUUUGGAUGAUAUAAUAAAAAAAGUAAGGAAAUUGGUCAAUAAGCACAAAGAAACGCCUAAAGACACACCACUUCAGCAAAUGUGUGACUUAAUCAAAUCAGGCACAUGGUAGCGAAUUGAAUGCGUUGCAAUAGAUGGAGAGUACAGACCUUUGAAUUAUUUAUACAUGGUUUAAAUAUCAAAAAUCAAAUGUUUUCCUUAUCUGUUCUCUCAUUUUAUGACUCGAGUCUCUAUUAAUCUCCUGUAUGUCAUUUCAUUCUUAUCAAUAUCAAGAGUAUAAAAAUGAAGCGAGCAAAUAAAAUUAGACCCCCCACACUUAAUCUUUUUAUAAAUAAUGCACUCCAUGUGAUCUAACCUUCAUGAUUUACGUAACAAACAAGACAAAUACGUCGUUACAAUUAAAUCGUUUGACAUGUGAAUUUAUUAUUAUUAUUUCCUUGCACUCAACGCCUAAUCUGAUAAGCUUUUUUUUGUACAAAACUUCGUCAAUAGAAUUCCAAAUAAAUAUCAUCUUUGUUUUGAUCACAAUUUAAAUUCAACAAAAUUAUUCGCUAGAUUUGCACCUAUAUCAGUGUAAACAAAUGCUAAAAAAUUGAUUAUGGAACAUGGGGAUUACAAAAAUAGUUUGUUGAUCACAUAAUCACGACCAGAAGAUUGCUUUUGUGGCUAAUCUCAUAUUGAUUUUGCUUCAUAUCAAAUUAUCAUUAAAUUUAUUUUGAAAUAAAUACAUAUAUUUACAAUUUUAAUGAAGA